AUGGCUCAGCGAUUCCACCCUCCCUUCAUCAGCCUUCUCCUUGUGGCCCUGCUGUUCCCAGGCUCGCACAGAGCCCUCUCUGUGAACUCCUCAGGCACUGAGGUCCCCAGCGGCCCCCAGGAAGGAGCUCCUGGGCAGGGAGCAAACGGGUCUCCCAUGGUGCAUCACCAAGUAAGGCGUCACUUCCAACCGCGAACUCCCCCUUUUCUUGAACCUGAACCAGCUCUGAAAGUUGUCAACUGCAAGAAAGCUGAAGGUCUCUGUCAAGAAUAUUGUAAUUAUCUGGAAACACAAGUCGGCUACUGCUCUAAAAAGAAAGAUGCCUGCUGUUUACCCAGGAACUGA